CUUGGAUAAUGCCUAUUAUCUUGCCAUUCCUGUCCCUCCCCUUGUUCUUGGUGCGGAAUUCUGACCGAUCGCUGUGUUCAGGCAAGGGUACUCAGGCCCCCCGGCUCAAGGAGAAGUACUGCGUCUGCCACUUGGCUACCGGUGAUAUGCUGCGGUCUCAGGUUGCCAAGAAGACUGAUCUGGGAAGAGAGGCCAAGAAGAUCAUGGACCAGGGAGGUCUGGUCAGUGACGAGAUCAUGGUCAACAUGAUCAAGAGUGAGCUUGAGAACAACACCGAGUGCAAGAACGGUUUCAUCCUCGAUGGAUUCCCGCGCACUGUUGCGCAGGCCGAGCGCCUGGACGACAUGUUGGCUGAGCGCCAGCAGAAGCUCCAGCAUGCCGUUGAGCUGCAGAUUGACGAUGCUCUGCUGGUUGCUCGUAUCACCGGGCGUCUGGUCCACCCGGCCUCCGGACGCUCUUAUCACAAGAUUUUCAACCCUCCUAAGGAGGAGAUGAAGGAUGAUAUCACCGGCGAGCCUUUGAUCCAGCGUUCCGACGAUAACGCCGACACUCUCAAGAAGCGUCUCGGCACCUACCACGCCCAAACGGCUCCCGUGGUUGAUUACUACAAGAAGACCGGUAUCUGGCGUGGUAUCGACGCCAGCCAAGAGCCUGGCCAGGUGUGGAAAUCGCUCUUGGGGGUUUUCCAGAAGCCCUAAGCAGUUGCUGCAAUUCCCACCAAGGAGGGAUCCGAGUCAUUGUCUCCUCUUACCUAUAAUCCUGAUACCUUCUUGCCCUCGCGGGACGGAUUGAAAGGCGAGGGAACGAUUGUUCAGGCGAGAUCUGAUCCCAAGUCUUUUCCGCCGGUCACGGAUCAACACUGCAGAGAAGGCUGCGGCGAUCGAAUGAGGUAAUGGACAUGAAAAAAUGUAAUGUGUCUUAGGUUUCAUAUAUAGAUGAAUACCUUCCGGGAGGGAUUUGCUAUGUACAGUACUACUUCUUUGAAUGGCAGCGUGCUUCGGAC